UUCUUCCUUUUUUCUGUAAAUGAUGCACAUAUCAGCUCAUCAGCUCCUGUUGACAGUGAACACGUGAUCAUGUGAACAUUAAAGGGGUUCGAGUUGAACGUUAAUCCUCCAUUCAGCAGCGACCAGCUCAUCAGGGAAUCACCUCGGCACUGCUGUCACCAUGGUAACCGUGUCAGUCCUGUUUUUCCUGCUUUCAGGAGAAAUUUCUUCCACAGCUUCUACUCCACCAGUCCAGAGUCAACUCACUUCACUCCAUAUCAUUCUGGGUGACAUGAAUCAGACUCAGGCUCAGAAAGUUUGCAGAGAAAAUUACACCGACCUCGUCACUGUGUACUCUGAUGAAGACAACACUAAACUGGCUGAACUGGUGAUAAAGGCUGGUAAUGUUUCUGGCUGGAUCGGACUCUAUCGCAGUAAUUUUAGUGAGAAAUGGUCUAAUGGUGAUCCUGUAACAUUCAGAAAAAUGACAGGGGAUUGUGGGAUAUCGAGCUACUGUGCUGCUAUGAAGGCUGAUGGUUCGUGGGAGAGUCUUCAGUGCACAGAGACAAGAAAUUUCAUGUGCUAUGAACAAGAUGCUUCCUCACAGACUCAUAAGUAUCAUCUAAUCCUUGAGAAUAAGACCUGGUAUGAAGCUCAGCUUUACUGUAGACAGAACUACACUGACCUGGUCAGCAUCAGAGAUCAGCAGCACAAUGAAGAGGUGAUGAUUAAAGGGUUAAACAGUACCAAGCCCUUCUGGAUCGGCCUGCUGUGUGAUGACUGGCAGUGGAUUGAUGGAGGAAUCUCUGCCUACAGAAACUGGUAUAGCAGUCAAUCUCAACAACAAGGCAACUGUGCAAAAGUGAUAAGAGAGAGAUGGUACUCAGUCCCUUGCAGUAAUUAUCAGCAUGCUUUGUGCUACUACACUUCCAUACAUGUGAGUGAAGAGGCUCUGAGCUGGGAGAAUGCGCUGGAUUACUGUGAUAAAAAGAACAGAGCUGGAUUGUUGCAGAUUGAGUCUGACCAUGACCAGACUGAUGUGGAGAAUGAGCUCAGAAGGAGGCGUGUCUCUGAGCCUGUGUGGGUGGGGCUUAGACAGAGCCAGCUCUUCGGGUUCUGGAUUUGGCCCGAUGGGAAAGCCGUGUUUCCGUACUCCAACUGGGAUGAAGGGAAACAGCCUAAGCAUCAACUCUCUCAGCACUGCGGUGCCAUCGUUCCACAAAAGAGCUACAGAUGGAAAGACAUGAACUGUGAUGCUCAGUACAGAGCUCUCUGUCACAUCAGAUGUUCUCCAUGAACCCACUAUACAUUCAUUUUACAUAUUUACCAAUCUUUUAAAAAUAAAUAAAUAAAUUAUUCGCAUAUGUAAUUAUUAUUCAUAGUUUUCAUUUAAAGCUUAGAGACUACAUGGUUGUUUGUGGGAAAAUUUUAAUAUAACUACACUGAUAGAAAUAUGAAUUCUUGGGAAAAAAAAGUAGAUCAACUGCAUUUACAUUUCUAACCAUUUUAAACAUAUAUUCAUCUACAUUUGAAACUCACAUAGGGUUUGAUUGUUUAAUCAUCAUCUUAUUUUGCUUUUUAAAAGUAAUACUGCAAUAAAUAUUUUGACAGAUUAUGUAUUAAAUUGGGGUUAAAUUGGUUU